CCCUCUAAAUGCAAUUGCUGGAUUCAGGACUGGUCUGCGUCAACACCUGAACUAAGGAUAGGGAGUGAAGUAGUCGAACGCGUUGACAACUUCACUUAUCUUGGAAGUCUGAUCAGCCCUAAUGGGCCGGUAUCGGACGAAAUCUCAGCACGGAUUCGAAAAGCUCGUUCGGCUUUUACCAACUUACGUCACCUUUGGCGAAGGCGAGAUAUCCGUCUAUCAAUAAAAGGACGGGUAUACUGCACGGCAGUCCGUUCUGUCUUACUUUACGGCAGCGAAACAUGGCCAUUAAGAGUAAAAGACACCCGUAAGUUAUUAGUAUUGGACCACAGAUGCCUUAGAAAUAUUGCUGGCAUCUGCUGGGAUCACCGGGUUAGUAAUAGUGAGGUUAGACGCAGGGUAUUAGGUUAUGAUGGUAAAUCAGUUGAUGAGGUUAUGAAUCUUCAUCGACUGAGAUGGUUGAGCCACGUGUUACGUAUGCCUGAACAUCGACUACCACGACGUGCAAUGCUAUCCGGUAUUGGAGAUGGUUGGAAGAAAGUUAGGGGCGGCCAAACCAAAACGUGGCAUCAGUGCUUGAAGACACUAACCUCUAGUCUGAGCCAUGUUGGUAGAUGCAGACUACUUGGUUGGGGUCCGCGUGACUUUCGUAACCGAUGGUUGGAGACUCUUGGUGACAUGGCUCAGAAUCGAUCACAAUGGCGUCGGUGCAUACACUCCGUCUUCCUUUAAAAUAAGAGAUUAAAAUCACUUCAUAUCUUUCUUUCUACGAACCAAUUCUUUCUUCUACUAUAUCUCUAUAUGCAAUCUUUCUCUUAUAUAUUACCACCUUUGACCUGACCACUGCUAUGAAUCCGGUGUUCAUUUCGUUGUGCCGAUGCGGUAUGGCAACCUGGACCGAUGCACAUAUGUGCCUUGUCCUACGUUGUAGCUGACUGACUGACUGCAAAAUUUUGUGGGUUGCCAUAUGUAUAUUAAUUACAUGAGUACCGGCUUGUGUAAUUUGUGUACAUAGAUAUAUGCAAAGGGUACGCGCGUGAGGUGGAUACAGGGACGUAAGCUGCACUGUCUUAAAAAACCAGAAGCCUAACACAAGUGGUCGAUGUUAGGUCCCGAUAAGCAUAAUGAAUGGUAACUUUGGGAUCCAUUUAUGGACCAAUACUAAACGUAUAUUUUUACCGUAUAAUUGUUAAAUAACUAAGCUAUUCAUAUUCAUAUUCCUCUUAUUAUAAGCUUUAUUUUGACCUAUACAUUUUACCAUUCUUGAAUUGUGUCCUGUCUAUUAGUCACUACCUCCCACAUUCACAUCCACCUGUCUAAAUCUUGUACAAAUGUUGUUUUCUAUUUUAUGGUACGUUGUGGUCUGUUUGAUUGGUAUCUAAACUCAGUAUGUUUGAAAUAUAAUGAUUCAUAUUGCAGAGGUUGAGAUUGGCGUUCUGGACUUAACCAGCUGGGCUAGGCGGAAAGCAGGAUCAAUUAGGACCCUAGGCUGCUCGUACGUGUUUACGCGUCCUUGGUUCGGUCGAUAAUUCACUGCUCUCUGAUUGACGGUAUUAUUACGUCAUCCACUAACAGGGCAAUCGGGUCACAAGAUAUAACGGUCGAAGACAACAAAACGAUAUGGUAGCGAUUACUAGAGAGAGGUGACCACUAACCUUUCCUGAGAAUGCUUAUGCUUAUGUGUGUCAUGAAGUGCACGGACGAAAGUCUUCGUACCAACGGUAUCCAUGUAAUGCGUAAGAGACACACACUUAAAGCGAAUACGCUCGAAGGGAGGGGCGACAAUCUAUACUCGAAUUGGUGAACAUACUCAUAUGUAUGCUAUGGGAUAUAUGAGUGAAAACUUGUGUUACCGGUGAGCAUGUGAUGUAUAUUUGCUCACAAGGUAAGUAUACCUAUGUGUAUCCCCAGUGAAACAGGUUGUUACCAGUACGCAUGAUGACUACACUCUAGUGCGCCAAGUCCUGGGGAUAACGAUUUCUCUACCCAAUUACAUCCACAUAGUGGGUUUUUGAGCCUUUGAAACACGAAACCUUAUUCCAGAACAGCCAUAUCGGUUUCACCAGAUGAGGCCUGAUCAGCCUUAAUUGGCUGAAACACCAUGCUGAGUGAAGUUAUGUCAUUAUUAUUAUUAAUGGCUGUAUUUAAUAUUAUAUUUUGAUACAAUAUAGAACUCUCGGCACAAGGUAUUUCAACAACUAGGAUUAUACGUUCUAAUGUAAGCUACAACAUUUGCAGUUCGACUUACUUGAGCCUUAGUGUCACAGGCUUGAAUCUAGUUAAACCUGUCACAGCCAAAGGAACCGGGUAGCAGUAGUAGUAUACGUCAACAAAACGUAUGCUAUGAAGCAAGAUACAUGGACCUGAAGCUCAGCUAAAUCAAAAUACUUGUUUCCUUAACCACUAGAAACGCAUAGGAUGUCAUUAAUGACAAAACCACUUAGCUAUCCUGUCAGUAAUAAAACGGAAGCUGUCUAAAGAUCUCAUCUACUUGAUUUUUCCUGUUUUUGAAAUUUUGGCCACACUACAGUUCGAUUGCUACGUGGGAUAACCAUAAACAUCCCAAGAUGUGAAAUUUUAUAAGGAAAACCUGUAUAUAUGAACCGUGUCGUCUGAAAAAUACGAUAGCACUUACCUAAUACUCAACGCAAAGAACUUGGAGCCAACUCUUCCUCUCGAAAUACUCUCACAUGGCCACGUGCAUACAACCACUGCCAGGGAGUUCUUACUCACUGCCUUCUCGUGGAGGGGGUGUUGUUUAUGAAAUUGAUAGGACGAAAAGCGAAUGUUUGGCGUUUUACCCGGGUUGGUGGACAUGGAGAGUUUACCUAGGGGGUUGGAAAACCCUGAUUCCAAACCAAUGGUGCACAUAAUCUCCAGAAUCCUGAGGAGACAAUAGGCAUAUGAACCUAUUGUUGGUCACCGGUUACCGUGGGACUGCAUCUCCUUACGACGCUCCACUGCCUUGUGGAACAGAUCUUCAGGUCGAAGGCUCCGGGUGUGGCUCUCUAAGAAUACCACCUGCUUCGGUUUGGGCACCCGGGCAGUAUUACAGCCCUCACACAUAUCAAAUGAGAUUUGUGUGGCGCAUAUGUAUUUGGUGCCUCCUUGUACCAAUACCUGUGUUAAAAUAAAAAUAACGCAAACAACUAAUGUCUGCUUGCUUCUCUCCCUCCAAAUGCAAUUUCUUGAUUCAGGACUGGUCUGCGUCAACACCUGAACUAAGGAUAGGGAGUGAAGUAGUCGAACGCGUUGACAACUUCACUUAUCUUGGAAGUCUGAUCAGCCCUAAUGGGCCGGUAUCGGACGAAAUCUCAGCACGGAUUCGAAAAGCUCGUUCGGCUUUUACCAACUUACGUCACCUUUGGCGAAGGCGAGAUAUCCGUCUAUCAAUAAAAGGACGGGUAUACUGCACGGCAGUCCGUUCUGUCUUACUUUACGGCAGCGAAACAUGGCCAUUAAGAGUAAAAGACACCCGUAAGUUAUUAGUAUUGGACCACAGAUGCCUUAGAAAUAUUGCUGGCAUCUGCUGGGAUCACCGGGUUAGUAAUAGUGAGGUUAGACGCAGGGUAUUAGGUUAUGAUGGUAAAUCAGUUGAUGAGGUUAUGAAUCUUCAUCGACUGAGAUGGUUGAGCCACGUGUUACGUAUGCCUGAACAUCGACUACCACGACGUGCAAUGCUAUCCGGUAUUGGAGAUGGUUGGAAGAAAGUUAGGGGCGGCCAAACCAAAACGUGGCAUCAGUGCUUGAAGACACUAACCUCUAGUCUGAGCCAUGUUGGUAGAUGCAGACUACUUGGUUGGGGUCCGCGUGACUUUCGUAACCGAUGGUUGGAGACUCUUGGUGACAUGGCUCAGAAUCGAUCACAAUGGCGUCGGUGCAUACACUCCGUCUUCCUUUAAAAUAAGAGAUUAAAAUCACUUCAUAUCUUUCUUUCUACGAACCAAUUCUUUCUUCUACUAUAUCUCUAUAUGCAAUCUUUCUCUUAUAUAUUACCACCUUUGACCUAACCACUGCUAUGAAUCCGGUGUUCAUUUCGUUGUGCCGAUGCGGUAUGGCAACCUGGACCGAUGCACAUAUGUGCCUUGUCCUACGUUGUAGCUGACUGACUGACUGCAAAAUUUUGUGGGUUGCCAUAUGUAUAUUAAUUACAUGAGUACCGGCUUGUGUAAUUUGUGUACAUAGAUAUAUGCAAAGGGUACGCGCGUGAGGUGGAUACAGGGACGUAAGC